AUGGAGGUCAGCGUCGUUCGGCCGAUGCCCCCCAAGUCAAGCGGUGCUUCCUCUGUGGGGGGCGCCCCCGCCCCCACCGGGGGUGAUCCACCUUCCUCCUCCUACCGCAACAGCGAGUACACGUCCGGCCGAGCAAGCGCGUAUUUGGAUCGGACUUCCGACUACGGUCGAGACACCAUGAGCAUGAGCCAACGGCAGACAGAGAUGAAGCUCAUGGCCAUGGACCCGAGCGAGGAUUCGCCACCGGAACGUGUGCAGGACUACAAGGGCCGAAUUCGGACAUGGCGAGGCCUCAUUCUGCUGUGCGUCAUCGUGGGCGGAGCUGCUGCAAUCAUCACCGCGUGCGCCUUGCAGGCCAACGAAGACGCUACCAACAGGCAAGCCAAGUACGAGAACAGGGUGGAAGAGCGACGCAAGAUCAAUGACGGUCUCACCGACGACCAAGUCAUCAUCUCGGACGACGGUCAAGUCGGCAAUCCCAAAUCAUACCCCGAUAUGGGCUGUGAACUGCCAGACUACCAGAGCAAGAACGGCCAGAUCUUCGCUGUGUCCAAGAACGGCACCGAAGUUCCUGUUGGUAUCAAGGGUGUCAACUGGUUCGGAAUGGAGACCGGCUUGGCGAUCCCCUUUGGACUCUGGGAGAACAUGGACAACGGCACGUCGGUGUACGAGAUCGCAGCGUUCUUGGCCCGCAACAAGUUCAACAGUGUGCGUUUGCCGGUCUGCAUCAAGAACAUCCUCAAGAACACGCCACCCGAGAAGACCCUCAUCAAUGUCAACACCAACCGCGCGAUCAACAUCACAACGUAUAUUUCCACCAUUGAGUCGAUCGUCGAGGCGCUCGGGUAUCGCCAUAUCACGGUUAUGAUCAGCCUCCACACUUUGGACAUUAAGAAGUCUGGAGGCGCCUGGUACAGCGACGAACUGGACGUCACGGAGGACGAGUUCCUGGAAGCCGUCGACAUCUUGACCAAGAACCUGUGCAGCUCUAAGUACUGGAACAUCCUCGGUCUCGAUCUUAAGAACGAGCCUCAUGAGUGCUCGUGGGGCGGCAAAGCCCCGGACUGGCAGAAGGGUUCGUCCUUGAUCGGCAACCGAAUGCUGGAGGGCUGCCCCAACUGGAUGGCCUUCGUGGAGGGUAUCGCCAGCAGUGGCACCGUUACAGUGGGCAGCAGGACAGCAACGUACUUCGACUGGUGGGGUGGUGGCCUCGAGGAGGCAGGGGCCAACCCGACAGAACUCACGGUUAGCAACAAGCUCGUGUGGGCCCCCCACUACUACAACACCGGUGUCUACCCUGCCUGGUACCUUUACGCAUCAACGGGAGCGGUUGACGCCUCGGGUGCCUUUUCAAGCUACGUUGAGUUGGACGACGAGGAGCUGCGGGCCAAUGUGGAGACGACCAUGGAUGUCAUGUUCGGCUACUUGCUCGGGGUUGACACCAACUCGGCCAUGGUCAUGGGCGAGUUUGCCGGUCUGUACUCGAAGGACAAGCACCCGAAGCUCACGACGAAGCGCACCACCGACUUCACGAUCGAGGUCAUGCUCAAGGCCGGAUAUGCUGGCGGCUACAUGUGGUCGCUGAACCCGGAGAGUGCGUACCAGUACAACCCGGCCGACACGUACGGCACGUUCACGGAGGGCUUGCUGGAGGACGACUGGCUCACUCCCAACAAGGUCUUCUUGGAGGGCAUCGCGGCCCUGAACGACGUCAAGGACCUCAAGAUGUUCCCGUGCUUCCCUCAAGAGGUUUCGUCGUCUUCGUCGUCCAGCUAA